UCUUUUUUCGUAAAUCUACCUGGCCUGCAACGACAAAUGACAGUCCUUUGCUUCGUCAGUCUUCCUACUUAUACUAAUGCUUUGACAAAAGAACUUUGAAUUUUGAAAGAUGGGUGAUGAUAACAAGCUCCAGAUUCCAAGAGUUAAACUGGGCAAUCAAGGACUGGAGGUGUCAAAGUUGGGAUUUGGAUGUAUGAAUCUGAAUGGAGUUUAUAAAGCCCCUGUUUCUGAAGAGGAAGGAAUUUUGGUGAUAAAACAUGCAUUUAGCAAAGGCAUCACUUUCUUUGACACUGCUGACGCUUAUGGUGAAGACUCUGCUAAUGAAGUUUUAGUUGGAAAGGCCUUAAAACAGUUACCAAGAGAAAAAGUACAAUUAUCUACAAAGUUUGGUAUAGCUGGACUGGACAGAGAAACCCUUUCAGUGAUAGUGAGAGGUACCCCUGAAUAUGUACGGUCAUGCUGUGAGGCUAGCUUGAAGCGUCUUGAUGUUGAUUAUAUUGACUUGUAUUUUCAGCAUAGAGUUGACACAUCAGUGCCCAUAGAAGACACUAUGGGUGAGCUUAAGAAGCUUGUGGAAGAGGGGAAAAUAAAGUACAUUGGGCUAUCUGAGGCCAGCCCAGACACCAUAAGAAGGGCACAUGUUGUUCACCCCAUCACUGCCUUACAAAUGGAGUGGUCGCUUUGGAGUCGUGAUAUUGAGGAAGAGAUCAUUCCCCUUUGCAGGGAACUAGGCAUCGGAAUAGUUCCAUAUAGUCCUCUAGGGCGUGGCUUCUUUGGGAGUAAAGCAAUCAAUGAAAAUGAGCUGGGAGAUGGACUUUUGGCUUCACACCCUCGGUUUCAAAGAGAGAACUUGAGCAAGAACAAACAACUUUAUGAUCGAAUCGAAACCCUUUCAAGAAAGCACCAAUGUUCUCCAGCUCAACUAGCUCUUGCUUGGGUUCUUCAACAAGGGAAUGAUGUUGUACCUAUCCCUGGGACAACUAAGAUUAGGAACUUGGAUGAUAAUAUUGGCUCAGUGAGUGUGAAACUAACAGAACAAGACCUGAAAGAAAUAUCUGAUGCUGUGCCAGUUGAAGAGGUUGCAGGUGGUAGAGAACAUGAGAUUAUACAUAAAAUAUCUUGGAAAUUUGCCAACACUCCUCCUUUCCCAAAAGGAUAUGAGGUCUCUACUUAGAGAAAAUACCUUGGUCCAUUUCACUUGGAUUAUAAAUUUGUUUUGUAUUGUAUGCAUGGACUUGUAUGAAAAUAAAGAAUACUCGAAUGGUUCUUGACUUUCUUAAUCUAAAUGGGAUCUAAUUAAACA